GCUUUACAUAAUUAAAAUAAAAACUGCAUGUGACAUUGAAUAAACAGUGAGAAAGAGAACAGUUAGCAGCUAACUACUAACUAAUAAGCAACUUUUCAGCAAGAGAUACCUUGUCUUAAGUUAAUGAUUCCUUAAUAUUGAUGAAAAAAAUACUCGUUAUAAGUGAAACAAUCUCUCUGUGGAACGAGUCACUUUUCCCGUAUUAGAAGUUAAACUGCACCAAUAUUUAAUUCCAAGUUAUAAUGUAAAUAAGGUAUUUGAACUCAAAUCUGGACCAGUUUGUUUUUGCAGUGUGUAGAAAAACUGAAAAAAAACAUUGAUUUUUGUGGCUACAACGUGACAAAAUGUGGAAAAAGUGCAACCGGUAUUAAUACUUUAACAAGGUACUGUGAUGCUCUUCAGUGAAGUAUGUGAAACCAGCCCAUGUUGAAUCUUCAGCGCUCUCUUGUGUCACUGGUGUAGGCGACAACGGGGUCUGCCUGGACCUGAGCUUUAACAGGGAGCUGCUCCACCGAUCUGACAUAAAGGACCCUCCACCCGGCUCACCUGGGCCAGAGGGCCAGCUGCAGACAGUCCUUGCAGGCCCAGAUGGCGACCCACCUCCCACCCACAGACCGUACCCCAUCCCGUUAAACCGCACCGAUAUCAACCCAAUCAGCCUCACCAAUGGCCACAAGAUGCCCCUCCUGGGCCUUCCUCACGGAGCACAGCCGCCCCUCAGCAUGGACUCCUUCCACGACGCCGCCUCCCAGAUGACCCAGCCCGUCAUGUACAGCCUGGGUCACCUGCUGGGGGGAAUCAAUCACCAGAACGGCGUCCCGCACCCACAUAGCCAGCCCUUUCCGCUGACGCCCCUCGAGGCCCUGCGGGUCAUGCGGGCGGACGGAGAGUCCGGGGCGCCGCCCGGAGCCGUGUACCCCUGCGGCCACUGCAGGGUGCUCUUCCUGGACUAUGUCAUGUUCACCAUCCACAUGGGAUGCCACGGCUUCCGCGACCCGCUCGAAUGCAACGUCUGUGGCCACCGCAGCCGGGACCGUUACGAGUUCUCCUCCCACAUAGCCCGCGGCGAGCACCGCCUAGAACUCAAGUAGACUGCGUUCAUGCACACAAACGGUCACCGCCAUGGAGACAGACAGCGACUUAGUCAUACAAGUAGCUGGUAGUAUUAGAAAUGAAAGCAUAAAGUGGCGGCUCUGUCUGUCCUCGGCGUUUGUUAAAGUGUGUGUGAGUAUAAACGUCGUGGGAGUGUGGCGGCUGUUCUUAGUCAUCCAUCUGAAAAGAUGGCCUGUAAAGAGUUAUUGCAGGAGCAUUUCUACUCCUCAGCAUGCAUAUAUUUGUACGUAACGAGGUUGUCUUUUUGCAUAAAGCCGCGUGUUCCCACUCACACAAAGCAGCACAAAAUACUGUAUUUAUGCUGUACCUACUGUUUUAUUUUGUCUGUAUAAAGAUGUAAGAAAACUAAAAAAAUAAAAGAGCGGUUCUGUCAUCACACACAAGCUGCAGAGCGUUUAGAGAUGUUCAAGUUUGCCAAUACUGACUGCAGAAAAGAAAAAAAAAAACAACAAAAAAAACCAUCCUAUUAUCUCGAAGGUCACAUGUCUCUUUUUUUAAGGCUGUGGUUUUCAGAGAUCUGCAGUUCACGGCUUCAAAGGACACCACUCUGCACAAUGUGCUGGUUUCUCACUCCAGAAUAAUAUACUCAUUUAGCGUUCCCACGAGGUAGAGAAGCCUCAGUUUUACUGCUCGAAGCACAGAACCGAAUCACUUUUUUGUUGCUGCAAGAUAAGGGAAACUAUUCCAGUGCCUUCAAUGUAAAUGAGUUACUGGAUCGUCCCACUGAUGCCUGACAGGUGUCAGAUCUUACACUUGACUAUUUCUAAGACGAGAAACUGGUUAUAUUUCACAUCAGACGUCUCUCCGGGUCGUCACGAUCUCGGGACGCAUUGCUGAGGACUCUCGGUCUAAAUGAACAACAGCUAACUCGUUAUUCAGUUAGGAAAGGACGAGAGAAGGCACACAAAUUAAUUUCAGUCAGCAGUUUCUCCUUCCUCCUCAUUCUCGCCUCACCCACAGAAUGAAUAGUAACAGUAAUCCCCACAGCAUGAUGCUGCCACCAUCAUGCCAGUAAAACUCCAGAUAAUGGGAAUUUAUCUGUGUGUAGGGCAAAAAAAAAAAUGCAUUGAAAAAUGAGGGUUUUGUGGGAAUUUUCAACAUGACACACUUUUAAAAACUUCCGCUGACGAC